AUGGCAGAGACUGAGGAAGAGGAGACAGUGUCAGAAGAGGCUUCUGGAUUCUCAGACUUGAGUGACUCGGAAUUUUUGGACCUGGAGGAUACACAAGAGUCAAGUGCUUCACCUAGCAAGCCUGGUCCUUCUUAUGAAUUACCUGGGAAGGAUGACAAGCGCAUAAGGUUACCAAAAUGGAAAAGAAGAUUGGAUGUCUCAUCACCUAUGGAGCGAUUUCAUCUUAAAUACUUGUAUGUCACUGACCUGUCUACUCAGGACUGGUGUGAACAGCAAAUGGUAUAUGGAAAGGAGUUUUCUGGUUUCUUGACACCUGAGAAAUCAGCUAUUUUGGAUACUGGUGCCAGCAUCCAUCUAGCUAGAGAACUAGAAGUUCAUGAUCUUGUGAAUAUCCCCAUCACCAGUAAAGAAGAUGCUUGGGCAGUCAAGUUUCUGAACAUAUUAUCAAUGAUUCCUACCCUGCAGUCAGAAGGGCGCAUCAGAGAGUUUCCAGUGUUUGGAGAAGUGGAGGGUGUGCUUCUUGUUGGUGUGAUUGAUGAGCUGCACUAUACAGCCAGUGGGGAACUGGAACUGGCUGAACUCAAGACACGUGGGAACCCUGUGCUCCCUUCAGAUGCUCAGAAAAAAAAAGACUGUUUUCAAGUCAGCCUGUACAAAUAUAUCUUUGAUGCCAUGGUACAGGGGAAAGUGACUGCUGCUAGCUUAAUCCACCACACAAAACUGCAUCCAGAAAAACCACUGGGACCUUCAGUGCUGAGGCAUGCCCAGCAGGGAGGCUACUCUGUGAAGUCCUUGGGUGACCUCAUAGAACUGGUCUUCUUGUCUCUAACACUGUCUGACCUCCCACUUAUUGAUAGCCUGAAAAUUGAGUAUGUCCACCAAGAGACUGCCACUGUGCUAGGUACAGAGAUAGUGGCCUUUGAAGAGAAGGAGGUGAGAAGCAAAGUGCAGCAUUAUAUGACCUACUGGAUGGGCCAACGAGAGCCUCAAGGGGUUGACGUGGAGGAGGCCUGGAAAUGCCGGAUGUGCAACUAUGCAGAUAUCUGUGAGUGGAAGAAGAGCGGUGGGUUGACCAGUGCCACGCAGGAGCCACAAGUCAAAAAGGCCAAAUGA